GCCACCGGCCGUGCCCCACCACCGCGCCGCGCUGCGCCUCGCGUCACGUGCUCCACAGGCACGACACUUACGUCGCCGAACUCUACACUUCGCACGCAGCUAUCGAUUGAGCUCGAUCUUAGUGACUGCCAAAACAGCAUGAGUGACACUUUUGGCUCUCCCACCGCGCCGGUUUGAAAGUGCUUGUGCUCGUGUGAAGUUUUAAUCAUGCCUUUACCGCGAAGAACACAAAAUAAAUUCUGUGUCAUCGUAAUCCAGAACAUGAUUCACUUUAAUCGACGACAGUAUCACCUGGUUUUUAAUCCGGCGUAAUCGCAGACGGUGCAUUAGACAUGGCUCUGUCUCUGAAGAAAUGUUUACUGCUAGUGGUUGUAUCUUUAUGGCAAGUAACGAAUCUAGCUGGAACCUGUCCAGAAAUAUGUUCUCGUAGCAAUACAACUUUAACUGAAAAAUGUUCUUAUAAUAUAAGUUUAAAGGAAAAAUUAAAAAGUCAUCUAGUGACUGAGUGUUGUGACGAAAAUGGGCAGCUUGCAACGUGGUUGAAAAAGAACGUAAACAAAACUCUCUUAGAAGUUUAUAUUACUUUUGGAACAGCAUGUACUACUAGAAAUUUUCAUUUCGAUUCACCGUUGUUAGAUGCUUUCUCAGUCGCUGUUAGAAAUACAAAGUUUCACUCCAUAAGAAUUAAUGUCAAGACGCAAAAUUUGCGGGAAAUUGACCUGUCAUCAAACAAAUUGAAAUACAUCAAUAAAGGAUAUUUUAAUAUUUUUUCAAAUCUUCGGAAAUUAAUUCUGAGCAAGAAUGAGAUAGUUAAUAUAUUCCAGGAAAGUUUUAAUGGAUUAUCGAAAUUGGAAUCCUUGGAUUUAUCAGAAAAUAAUUUGACAAGUUUGGCAAAUGUUUUCACGCCACUUAAAAAUUUACAACAUCUCAAUUUAAGUAGAAAUAACAUCCAGUUUAUCCAUGAAAACUAUUUCAAUAACUGGCUGUUGCAGCAUUUGGACGUUUCACAUAAUAAUCUGAGGAAGUUGGCGCCGGGAGCUCUGCAGUUGUUGCCGAAUUUAGCUCGACUGCUCUUAACUGACAAUCCACACUUGGGAGUAACGCAGCUGGAUACGCAACUACUAGUAGGCACUGGCCGAAGGCUACAACAAAUAGAUGCAUCCCGAACCGGUCUGUUUCAAGUACCUGAAGCAUUUACACACUCUGUCCGGUUUCUGUCCCUCGUCGGAAAUCGAAUAUCAAGCAUCAGAUGUGGCGACCUCGACAGCUAUCCGUUGCUGCAGUCUCUCGACUUCUCUGACAACAAAAUCAUUUCUGUCGAAGAUGACUCAUUGGGUAGACUAGAAAUGUUGCUGUUUCUUAAUAUUAAUAAGAAUAUUCUAACGUCUGUACCCAGAUCUCUUCCCGACGAAUUAAAAUAUUUAUCCAUAAAUUAUAACUUGAUUAAGAAUUUGACAAUACCAGAUUUCAAGAAUUUACCAAAUCUUCGUAUAUUGAUGUUGAAGAGGAAUAAAAUACGCUAUAUUCAGGACCACGUAUUUGAUGAUCUCUUAUCAUUGGAAAUGUUGGAUCUAUCCGAAAAUCCUAUACAAACAUUGUCAUCGAAUACAUUCGAUGGGCCAUUAUCUCUACGAGACUUACGGCUGUGUUUCCUAAACUUGUCGGUGCCCGCUCAGGAUGGCUCGUUCCCGAUGUCGUCUCCGGAGAGUGUGCAGAUGCUGCACCUGCAGGCCAGCCCCGGCCUAGCGCGCCAGCUGCUCGCAGACUCCGCCGCGCUCGCCGCAUUUUCACAUCUACAGUACUUAGACCUCAGAAUGAAUAAUCUCUCUACUAUAAGGAACGACUUAUUAUUCUACCUUGCACAAUUAAAGACUUUGAGAUUACAUGGAAAUAAUAUAAACUGUAGCGCCGAGUUGUGGCUGAGAGAUUGGAUGAUUUGGAACAAAAGUUUAUCGGAUGGUGAAACAUGUUACUACUCUACUUCCGAAUCGAAAGCAGAUAUGACUAAAUACAAUUGCACGUUCCCGGAAACGUUCACUAUUAGUGAAAGUUUGCCUCCAGUUAACUUAUACAGUACUGAAAUGAUAAAUAAAUUGCUAAGAUACUACGGGUAUAUAAAUAACAAAACAGAGAAAGCAUCCUACAGACGAAAUAACAAUAAAGGUACCAAUGAAUUAAAGUUAAAUAGAACUGUAAUACAAAAUACGGAUAAAAACUCAAUUUUAUUCGACAAACCAAAAAGAGUUGAUUUAAGAAUUGAUAAUACAAUUCCGUCAAAUGAUUACUUAAACGACACGGCUAUUGUGAAGGCAAGAGAGUCAUCAAAAGUUUUGGAUCAAAACAAAAUUCAAAACGAUCAAUUUAAUAUCGAUCAUAGAUUUUUAGAUAUUGAGCCCUUUUUAUCUAACCGCAAUACGAAGCUGGAGAACGAUGAAGAGAGUAUAGAAAUACGCAGAAAAAACAGAUCUGGAAAACGUCUGAAUACGCCUGUCAAUAUAACUAAGAAAACAAGUAUGAAGAGCGAUGGAAAUGUAGACACUAAGCCGGGGCAGCUUUCAGCAGCCGUAAAUUUGGAUAACGGGACGGUCCAUGAGAGGUUAAGUACAAAUUCUGAUGAAAAAAUGGAAUAUUCGCCGUAUCAAUCGGCUCAUUCCAGUUUCGCGCAGUACAUGGGGACGCUUGCAGUGUCGGCGUUGAUAGUUACAUCGUUGAUCCUGUGGGCGAGCUUCAGGCUGCGCUACCGCCGGCGGCGGGAGCCGGCGCGCGCCGACGCCGGGGACCAGAUAGAGGUAGCCAACAUAUCUGGCGGCGUGCUCUGGUGACACCUCCGUGCAGCCGACCCCACGCCUUUCGAAUACGAUUCUCUUCUGACGUAGUACUUCUCGGAGCGGUCGGCUGCACGCGGCUAGGAAGAUGUUUGUGAUAUAAUUGGACGUAAAUAUUUUUUUAAUGAAAAAUAAUUACAAAGAGACUCGGUGGAUAGCUGUGGACUGUUUGUGUCAAAGUGUAAAUAAUUGUUUCGUUGAAAUGUCAGAGGACACUAGAUGAUAGAAAUAUAAAUAUUUUUGUGUAAAUUCGUGAUAGAGCUGCGAAUACUGAUUUCAAUAUUUUAAUAUAACUUUACUACAGUACUUACAGUUACUUUCUCUGAAUGUCGAUAUCGCUCUAAAUUUAAUUUGGGGAAUCUAAAACUCAAUAGCAGCACAUUGAUGGCUUCCCAUCCAAAACUUUUUGUAAUCAUCGAGUGCGCAAACUGUUUAAGCUGCUCUUAUGAUUAAUUAAAAGUGAGUUUAGAAUGUUCAACGCUGAGAUGUAAUUUAAUGCCUGUAAAUACUUAUUAAUUUGAGUAUUUUGUAUGAAUAUAGGAUGUGUACUAUAUUAUUAUUAACGCCAAAAAUUGCAAAAGCAGACCAUGUCUUCCCCGUUAACCCUUUUAUUGUAAUAUAUAACUAUUAAUUAAUAAUUAUGAUAGCCUAUUUUGUACCCUGUAAAGGCAAGUGCCAAAUAGCUAUUUCUUUUUUUGGAAAUAGUUUUGCUUACGUUGAUGCCAAUAUUGUUCAUAAUGUUACUUAAUACAACGUUUUUUUAGAUUGAUGUUCUAUGCACCGUAUAUUUAUCAUCUGCCGCCUUUAAUUUAUCUAUGUGCUUACAAUAAUUUACGAUCAGUUACAUAGUAGACUCCAGAUAGUUUGGCACAUAAUUAUACCAAAACAUUUAUGAUACCGACUAACGUAUGCAUAGUUCCCAAAGAGAGGAUUCAGUUUUCAUACUAUAAAUGGGGCUUUAGUUGAUAAACACCUACUUUGUCAUAUUAGUUUAGUAAUUACUAGAUAAAAUGUGGUUACAUUUUUAUUUGCUGAAACUCGUAAUAUGAGCAGUGUAUAACAAAUCCAGUUGCAUUUAAUGGUUCAAUAGAUUGUACAAAUUGUUUCACAUAAUAUUGUUACAUCACAUUCAUCACUGAAACUAAGGUUGUAACUCGAUAUAUAACGUUUUGAAGACAAUGAUGUGUAGAUAAUUAUAUGUUUUUACGUAAA